UAUAUGGGAGAUUAGCACAGAAGGUAUCUACUCUCUCUACUGCUACAACUGGAUAUUUUAUGCGUAAGGGGGUGAUGAAUAAUCAAUCAAGCAUCAUCGAUAACUUUCGCCGCGUCACUAAAGACACAAAAGUUGUCCAGUUUCUUUAUGGUGAAGACGGAUUAGAUACUAGAUCUCUAGAAAAAGUAAGUUUUCGCACAGUUUGCCUUUCCGAUAAAGAACUUCGCGAUUCCACCUGGAUUGAUGUGUCUCCUAUUGAAGGCUCCAGUAGUGACCGAGCUUUAGCUAAGACAGCCGUUGAAAAGGCGUAUCUGAAGAUUCAAUCGGAUAGAGACCUUUUCCGUACCAUAUUCUCUCGACUUGAAAAAAUUAAUUUUAGCCAAUUCUUUACCUUUGAUAUUCCCAUGCCGGUUAAUAUUCACCGUAUUGUUACCAAAACACAAUUAAUCGGGAGAAUAAACAGAGUUAGCUUGGAUCCGGAUAUUGAAAAAGAGAGAGUGGAGAAUCUUACCUGUAAACUUCUUCAUCAGCGCAUCGAGAGAGUAGAUACCUUCUGUGCUAAUCUCCCAUAUACUCUUAUUAAUGAAAUUCAGGAGC